AUGGGUGGGGUAGGACGGCGAAGUCAGGCCGGUCAUUUUGGGACCGGUCCCGACCCGAGUGGUGGCCGGAUGACUGAACGGCCGGCCAAAACGUGGCCGGCUGUGGUGGCGGCCGCGAACCAGAGGAGAGAGAGGGACGCGCGGGAGAGAGAGAGUGUGAGAGAGACGGGGGCAAUUCCGUCUUUUAACCAAAAAUCCAUUUUCCAAAUAUUUACGAUUAUGCCACUGAGCUUCAUUUGA